AAAUCAUUUUCUUCUUUCCCUCUCUUCUCUUCUCUUCUCUCUCUGGGUUGCCUUUUUUUUCUUUUCUUUUGUCCCUUAUCAACAACACAAACACAAAUACACUCUCUUCCUUUAUUCUCUAUCUGAUUCUCCAUUCACACCAACAAGAAACCAGCCAAGAAUCAAAUGUUUUCUUCAAUUUUUUGUUAUUUUUAUUGAUUUUUUUCGAGUUUCUGAAACCCUAACCCUAGUUUUCUUUUUGGUUGUGCCGUGGGGUUUGGUGCAGUUUUGGCUGAUUUUAGGACCUUUAUUUAAUUCUUCAGGAUUUCUUUGGUUCGGUGGUUGUGGGUUUUGUUUGAUUUUGUGUGUGGGGACGUGUGAUGCAAAUUAGGAGAAAAAAAUUAGAGGGUAGAAUUGAUGCCGCCAGAGCCAUUGCCUUGGGAUCGAAAGGACUUCUUCAAGGAGAGGAAGCACGAUCGGUGGAGGGAGCCUACACCCCACCACCACUACACUUCUUCACGAUGGAAUCCUGAUUAUCGUUCUAGAGCCACUUCUGGUCAUGGUGGUAAGCAGGGUAGUUAUCACAUGUGUCCUGAAGAACCUGGACAUGGUUUCAUGCCUUCUCGUUCGAAUGAUAAGAUUGUUGAAGAUGAGAGCAAUCGGCCAUCUCGCGGGGAUGGUGGGAGAUAUGGAAGAAAUAGCAGGGAAAAUAGGUCCUUUGGUCAGAGGGACUGGAGAGGUGGUCACUCCUGGGAAGCUGCAUCCCCCAGUGGUUCUGCAAGACAGAACGAUGCUACAAAUGAUCAGAGGUCAAUGGAUAUUGCGGUGCCUCACAGUCUUUCUCAUCCUCAUUCUGAGCAUGUUAACACAUGUGAUCAAUCUCACUCCAGAGAGCAGCACAAUAAGAGUGGUAGUAUUAACGGAACUGCAAGCGUGGGGCAAAGAUUUGAGAGGGAGAGCUCGCUGGGGUCAAUCGAAUGGAGGCCAUUGAAAUGGACUCGGUCUGGAAGCUUAUCAUCAAGGGGAUCAUUAAGUCAUUCUGGUAGCUCAAAAAGUAUGGGAGUGGAUUCUAAUGAGACAAAGCCUGAAUUGCAGCUUGGAAACUCGAAAGCUGUUAAAUCUCUUACAGGGGAUGCAACUGCUUGUGUAACUUCUGCUACCCCCUCUGAAGAGACAUCUUCCAGGAAGAAACCGCGUCUGGGUUGGGGAGAAGGACUGGCCAAGUAUGAGAAGAAGAAAGUUGAAGGUCCUGAGGAUAAUGCUGUAAAGGUUGGAGCUUCUAUAUCUGGUGAUAGUGCGGAACCUGGUCAUUCUCAGCCCUUGAACCUGGCAGAUAGAAGCCCAAGAGUUGCUGUUUUUCCCGAUUGUCCCUCUCCUGCUACACCGUCGUCAGUUGCUUGUAGUUCUUCUCCAGGUCUUGAGGAUAAACAAUUAGUCAAGGCAACAAACAUUGAUCAGGAUGUUGGUAAUUUAUGUGGCUCACCCAGUGUUGUCUCCCAGUAUUAUUCUGAGGGAUCAGGUUUUAACUUAGAGAAUUGGGAUCUUGCUCAAAUUUCCAACUUGAACUCUUCAAUCAAUGAAUUGCUACUAUCAGAGGACCCAAAUUCUGUGGACUCUGGUUUUAUGAGAUCAACUGCAGUUAACAAGUUGAUAGUGUGGAAGAGUGAUAUUACUAAGGCCCUGGAAAAAACUGAAGUUGAGAUUGAUUCACUUGAGAAUGAACUGAAGACAUUUAUCUCUGGACCUGAAAAUAACCAGCUUGUUCCAUCUGCUUCCUGUUCUCCACCAAAAGAUUGCUAUGCAAAUUCUCAGGAAGAUCAAGGCGCUACUUCUAAUACAGCUUCCAGACCUGCUCCUUUGCUAGUUGAUAUACCAGAUGAUUUGAUGGGACAGGAAGAGGCUGAUAUACAUGGUAAUGAGCCGGCCGAGGUGAAAGUAGAGGACAUUGAUAGCCCUGGUAGUGCAACUUCGAAGUUUGUUCAAUUGCCCUCUGAGAAAAGUGUGGAACCUGUUGUUUCCAUGAGACAUGGUGGAAUGUUGAUUUCAGAUGACAGUAUGUCUAGAAGAUUGAAUGUCAACAUGUGCAGUAUAACUGAGGAGAAGGCUAAGUCUAGAAGUUCAGAUUUAAAGCUAUGCAACUUCAACGAGGAAAAAGCAAGGGAUGCAAUUGCUUGCGGGGAGAGCUCCCAGCCAACUGCAAAUCAUUCUGAUUCCUCUUCCAAUGGCAGUUCGAAUUGUGGAAAAGAUGCUUUAUAUAAUUUGAUAAUAGCUGCCAACAAAGAUUCUGCAGAAAGAGCAUUUGAAGUAUUUAAGAACCAACUGCCUGCUAGCAAAUGCAGUUUUGAUUUUUCAAGAGCGGUCAGAGGCUCUUCGUUUCAAAUUGAUCCUGCGGUUAAGGAAAGAUUUGUUAAGAGGAAGCAGUUUCAACAGUUCAAAGAAAAGAUAAUUGCCUUAAAGUUUAGGGUACAUCAGCACCUUUGGAAGGAGGAUAUUCGCAUGCUUUCCGUUAGGAAGUUUCGUGCAAAGUCUCAGAAAAAGUUUGACUUCAGUCUGCGCCCUGUGCAGAUAGGACAUCAAAAACACCGUUCCACAAUUCGUUCACGAUUUUCUGCUACUGUUGGAAGCUUAAGUCUGGUACCGUCAUCAGAAAUAUUGAACUUUGCAAGCAGGCUGCUCUCAGAACUUGGGGCAAAGGUCUACAGGAACACAUUAAGGAUGCCUGCUUUAAUUUUAGAUAAGAAGGAGAGGAAAAUGUCAAGGUUCAUUUCAAAGAACAGUCUGGUGGCAGAUCCCUGCGCUGUCGAGGAAGAAAGGGGUCUGAUCAAUCCGUGGACCCCUGAGGAGAGAGAAAACUUUAUUGACAAGCUUGCUGCCUUUGGGAAAGACUUCAGGAAGAUAGCUUCUUUUCUUGAUCACAAAACAACUGCUGACUGCAUUGAGUUCUAUUAUAAGAAUCACAAAUCAGAUUGUUUUGAGAGAACAAGGAAGAAAUCAGAGUACUCUAAACAAGCAAAAGUUUGUUCUGCAAAUACAUACCUUGUUGCUUCUUCUGGGAAAAGAUGGAACCGUGAAGCUAAUUCUGUUUCUCUCGAUAUCUUAGGUGCUGCAUCAGCACUUGCAGCUAAUGUGGAGGAUAGUAUUGAAAUUCAGCCAAAGGGUAUGUCAAAGUAUAGUGUUCGAAUGGUCAAUGAGUACAAGGCGUCCAGACUCAAUGAGUUGGAGAGGUCGAACAGUCUUGAUGUAUGUCAUAGUGAAAGAGAAACAGUGGCUGCUGAUGUUUUGGCUGGUAUUUGUGGAUCCUUAUCAUCAGAAGCUAUGAGUUCUUGCAUUACGAGUUCAGUUGAUCCUGGUGAAGGGAACCAGGAGUGGAAGCACCUGAAAGUGGGUUUGUCGACCAGAUUGCCCCGGACUCCUGAGGUUACCCAGAGAGUUGAUGAUGAAACCUGUUCAGAUGAUAGCUGUGGGGAGAUGGAACCUACUGAUUGGACAGAUGAAGAGAAAUCAACCUUCGUCCAAGCUGUGUCAGCUUAUGGAAAGGAUUUUGUUAUGGUCUCAGGAUGUGUUGGAACGAGAUCCCGUGAUCAAUGCAAGAUCUUCUUUAGCAAGGCUAGGAAGUGUCUUGGAUUAGAUAAGAUUCUUCCUGGAUCUGGUAAUUUGGAUAGGCUUGAUAUGAACGGUGGAAGUGAUCCUGAUGCUUGUGUCAUGGAGACCAAAAAAUCAAGUUUGAUGUUGGAAAACGUAUCUGAUUUAUGUAUGGAUGCAGGGAUUUUGAAGCCUGAUUUGACCAGUUCUGAUGACAGAGACGAGGCUGGAGAACUGGAUUCUGUAGAUACUGAACUUGUGUCUAAGAAUUCAGUUCAGGUAAACUGUCAUGUAGAUAAGCAAGAGGUGGAUUUUAACAGGGACUGUGAGAUUCAGAUUGGUGUUUGUAUUGGAAGUGGUCAAGGGGAUGAGGAUCUGAUUACAGUUUCUCGGGAAGGUGUUGAAAUUGAUGGAGAUGCCUCAGAGAUUGGCCUGCCUUACAUACCGUGUGAAGUUUCUACCAAGCCUUUAGGGGAAGAAAUCAGGGGAGUUGUUUCUUCGCCUGUACAUGAUUUGAAAAAUAGAAAAGCAGAAAAAACUGAAGUAAGUAGGUCGAACUGCUCUUUGGAAGACAGAAAGCCCAAUAUGGUGUUGUUUGGGAAUAAUUCUCGUCUUGCUGCUGCUAGGGGAGGGGGAUUAUGUCCUCUUAAUGGAUCCCGGAAUAUGACUCAGUUAGAAUCUGAUUCUGAGUGUAAGCUAGAUGUGAAUUACUUAGAAAGCAAUAUUUCGUUUCAGAGGAAACAGAUAUCUGAAGCUUCUAAUGCUGAUAAAUUAUCAGAGCUGGAACUUGAGAAUGUUGGUGAUAAGCAGUGUGAGAAUGCUACUCAGUCAGCUGAGCAGCCCUUGUCAAGCACUUCACGGUCAGCCCAGGUUGAAUCCUGCCAGAUUCUUGGCAGCUAUUUAUUGGGAGAGUCUACUCUCACGGAGAAUGGAGAUCCAGGCUGCAGAGCUUCAGCUGCAUUGCAAGAAGUCCAGGUGGGUAGGAAUCUACAAUUAGAUACAUUUUCUACAACUUGCUUUCUCCAGAAGUGCAAUGGUACGAAUCGCGGUGGUUGUUCUGUUUCUGAUCUGGUUCCUAACCGAGAACAGACAGGAAGUAGUUCAUCAGUUGUGGAGAAACCUUGUAGGAAUGGCGAUGUGAAAUUGUUUGGACAGAUUCUCAGUAAACCAUGCCCCAAGGCAAAUCCCAGUUCUAAUGCAGAGCCGAUUGAUGGUAGCAAUCAGAUGUUGAAAGUUGGUAGCAAUUCCUUUAGUGCAAGUCAUAGUUUAGAAGGCAAUUCAGCCACUGCAAAAUUCGAGCGAAAUAACUUCCUGGGUUCUGAGAAUCAUCCAUUGAGGAGUUUUGGUUUUUGGGAUGGGAGUAGAAUUCAGACAGGGUUUUCUUCGUUGCCCGAUUCUGCUAUCCUGCUGGCUAAAUAUCCUGCGGCAUUUGGUAGCUAUGGGUUAUCUUCCACCAAAAUGGAGCAGCCUAGUUUGCAUGGGGUUGUGAAGACGACUGAGCGGAAUUUGAACAGUCCCCCUGUGUUUGCAGCAAGAGAUUCAAGUAGCAACAGUGCAGUAGCAGGAUCAGAUUAUCAAGUGUACAGAAAUCGAGAUGUGCAGCCUUUUACAAUAGAGAUGAAACAGAGGCAAGACGCAGUAUUCUCUGAGAUGCAAAGAAGAAAUGGGUUUGAUGUUGUUGGUAUUCCGCAACAAGCAAGGGGGGUGGUUGUCGGAAGAGGAGGGAUUCUGCAGUGCAGUGGUGUGGUGUCAGAUCCGGUGGCUGCCAUAAAAAUGCAUUAUGCGAAAGCUGAACAAUUUAGUGGGCAGGCGGGAAGCAUUAUGAGAGAGGAUGAUUCUUGGAGAAGUAAAGGGGAUGUGAGCAGGUAGUUGAGGCCAGACUCUGGUGGUUGGUCUCCCUGUGGCAAGUGUCUUUUUGCCACAAAUGUACAAUAGUUUUUGUAAGUUUAAUCCAGGAAACCAUAGGGCAGUAGACGGUUACAGUAGUUGCCGUCUUUUUGGUUGCAGAAUUCUAGGGUCUGUAAUAUUUGCAAGUAGGUUUGUAUUUUGUUGUAUUUGAUGGGGAAUACAGCAAUAAAUUAUCAAGAGUUUGGUAGGUGGAGCACAUUUCGCAUGUUUUAUGUUCCAAUUUUUUCUCCUUG